UUGGCCAAUAGACAAAUAUGACAAAUACGACAACAUCUUGGGCGAUGAUCAUGUUCACACUCCGAUCGCAAUUGAGUCUCGCAAUGCCCAGAAUUUGAAUAAAGUCAAGCCUUUACAAUAUAGUGGACAUUGGGCACAGGAUGGACAAGGCUGGAUUGAAAACGAUGGACACACGGCAAAGGUUACUUUUGAAAAUCGUCGAAUGCAACCGCACUUAACUGGUGGUCUUCUAGACGGUCGCUACAUUUUUGAACAAAUGCAUUUCCACUGGGGUGAAAAUGACAAUGUUGGCGCUGAACAUACCAUCGACGGAAAAUCAUAUGCAAUGGAAGUGCAUUUGGUGCACUACAAUUCGAAAUAUGGCAAUUUUGCGAGGGCACUCAAAUACAAGGACGGUCUCGUUGUCGUCGCCUUCCUCAUUCAAGCCAGAGGAAACGCAAAAAAUGUUUUAUUCUCAACAAUUUCUGACAAAAUCCAAAAUAUAAUCGAUCCACAGUCAAAAUCAACCAUUGAUUCGGAUUCGUUGCUUUGGAUGUCGGAACAAGAGUUGGAUGACAAUUAUUUCGCGUACAAAGGAUCAUUGACAACGGGAGCCUAUAAUGAGGUUGUCACAUGGAUCAUAUAUAAAAGCCCAGUGAUUGUGUCAACGCAACAGGUCGCUGUUUUUCGUGAUAUGCUCGAUACGGAGAACAAAAAGAUCACAAACAAUUAUCGUCCCAUUCAAAUGCCCGAAAAACCACCAAAAGUAAUUUUCGUAAGCAAAAACAAUAAACAUUAACCGUUGCCAGUGAGUUAGGCAUACACAGCAUGCAUAUGUAGGUCAGCAUAGCAUUUCUGCCAAUUAUUUUUUAGUUUCACUUUCAAAAUUAACGAAUUUUCAAACUGUACUUCAUUAAAAAAAUUGAUUGAAAGAAAUAAAAUAUUCAAAAAGUAUGUCCUCAAGUUG